ACCUCCAAACUCUGAGGCUGCAUGUUUCGUCUUUCGUUUGGGGGAGUGUGUAAAUUAUGGACAUUUAAUUACUUUUAUUUGCAUUUAUAACUUAAAAAAUGUAUUUCAAACCAGGAUUAAGGAUUCUUGGUUCUUUAUCAUUCAUAUUUCUACAGUAUUUAAAUUUUGUUUCAUCAACUAAUCAAAACUGUCCACUGUACUGGUCAGCAUAUGCAAAUGUAUGUUAUCGAUUUCGUUGGGUGAAUCUCAAAAGUUGGAAUGAAGCGAAAGCAUGGUGUGCAUCACAGGGUGGGGAUCUUCUCAAGCUUGAAAACAAUUCAGAAAGAACGUAUAUUACAAAUGCAAUUAAAAACAUAGUGCAACACAAUCAUUUAAGAAAUGCGAAGUGGUGGUUGGGUAUGAACAACAAAAACCCACAAUCCCAAGCCUGGGUGUGGGGGGAUAAAUCACCAGUGACUCAAGACAUCAUUUCGGGGGCACAUCUUCACCAGUCUACAACAGACCACUGUGUUUAUAUCAGUGGUACAGCAGGAUUGGUCAACACUCAGUGCUGGCAGAAAUAUGCUUACAUCUGCGAGAGACCAAGAGGCACCCCAUUGACUUGUGACGCUACCCGUGGAUGGCAACAAUUCAAUAACUUCUGUUAUCAGGUCCACCCCACUGAUGUACAAACAUGGAGUGGCGCGGUCCAAGUGUGCUCCAGAAAUGGAGGAGAUCUGGUAGAGAUUGACAAUGAUCAGGAUCAAAUCGCCAUUCACGAUUUCGCCCGAAACACUAAGCGCCCUCUGUGGACAGCAUUACACAGCGUUCAGACGGGUAACACAAACAACUGGCAGUGGUUGAAUGGGACGGUGAUGACGUCAAAUCGAGCACUUCAGUACUGGGCUAAUGGCCAGCCUCCCGUUCUCCGGAGCAAUAUGCUGAACCGUACCUGCGUAUGGAUGAAUAACGGACAACAAGACUAUCACAAAUCCUGGUCUACGGACAACUGUAAUGUCAGAAAAGGCUUCGUCUGCAAGAGACCAGAAGGUGUGUGUAUGCCGGGCUGGGUACCCCACCAAAAACUGUGCUUCUUAUUCAACAUUCGAUUUAAGUACAACUGGUAUCAGGCCAACAGGUUCUGUAAAAGCUCUGGAGGGAAUCUUGUCUCCAUUUACGGAACGACGUUUACUAACUUCUUAAAUUCGUACCUCGAUGAACUACAAUCAGCAGGCAUUGACUCGUUCUGGAUUGGACUCACUGACAACAAUAAGACGGGUGGUCCCUGGAUGUGGACAAAUGGAGGAAACAUCCAGCACUAUCAGCACUGGCCGGGGAACCAUGCUGCCCGUAACACUCCCAACAAACAGGACUGUGGCUAUAUCUACAGCGGUGACAGGAGUGGAUCUUGGAGAACGACCAACAACUGUGCUACACAAAAGGCGUUUGUUUGUCAAAUCCCUAUGGGUAAACGUGUCAACCCAGUAACCACGCCCAGACCCCAGUUUAAAUGUACUGGCCACUGGUUGCUUUUCAAUGGAAACUGUUACCAGUUUAAUGACACCAGAUUAUCAUGGCUUAAUGCCCGCCAAACUUGCCAAAAUGCAGGGGCGGAUCUAGUUACCAUUAACUCAGCAACCAUCCAAUCUUACAUUCUCAGACAGUCCCAUGGAAAGGAAUACUGGAUCGGAUUAAAUGACAGAACCCAGGAAGGUCGCUGGCAAUGGCUGGAUGGAACCACCGGCAGCAAGUACUAUCAUUGGAAUGCCCACGAACCAAACAAUCUGGGGACUGAGAACUGUGUGGAGAUGAAUUUUAUGAACCAUCAAGGAAAAUGGAACGAUCGUCAAUGCUCCACCCUUGUCCGUUUUAUCUGCCAAAAACCAGCAAGUAAUGCCCAGCUCCCUGUCAGCGUCUCGACUACUGCAGCCAUGCCUAUAAGUGUCCGCUGUGGUUUGAACUGGGAGGAGGAUCCAAAUUCUAACAAUUGUUACCAGUUCUAUGACAAACAGUUGGACUGGAUGGAUGCCAGAGAAGUCUGUAGGAACGGAGGAGGAGAUCUGGCCAGUAUCGAGUCCCGAGUAGAACAGGCCUACAUUGCCGGAAAGAUCAACAAUAUGAAUUCUAUAGCUCUGUGGAUUGGGAUAAAUGACAGAGCGACAGAGAACAAAUUUGUAUGGGUUGACGGUUCACCUGUAGCUUAUCUCCACUGGGCAAAUGGCGAGCCUAACAACUACAGGAAUAGAAACGAGGAUUGUGGCAACAUGUACACCUCCACUUCCUACUGGAACGACAGUCCUUGCAACGGAAGGAACGGCUUCAUCUGUAAAAAGCAAUCCAGCCAGCGUACUACCACCACCCCUCCCCCUCCUGUGGUCACGAAGGCGGGGUAUGUCAUGGGAUGUCAAGAUGGCUACCAGCCCUUCCAAGGAAACUGUUAUCACCUGUGGCAAAUACGACAGAACUGGAACGCCGCAAAAAGUUUCUGCCAUCGUCAAGGGUCAUUACUAGCCACUAUAAAUAGUAGAGAGGAGCAAAACUUCGUAAUGACCAUGAUUCCAAAGUACGGAUAUGGCUACUGGAUUGGACUAAAUGACCUUGCAAACCAGAUGACCUUCUUUUGGUCCGAUGGGAGUCCUGUUUUGUAUACAAAUUGGGCGGCACGCGAACCAAAUAAUUAUGGGCAUAAAAAUGAAGACUGCGUUGUCAUGCUUAGAACGAAUGGUCAAUGGAACGAUGCCAUAUGUCAGAAUCCAGCUGAUGGCUUCAUUUGUAAAAAACCUAUGACCUUGAUGUCUGCCACGCCCAAGCCUGAAUCAGUGGGAUGUACCUGGCCUGCGUACGGGUAUGGAAGCUAUUGUUACCGAUUUGUCUAUCAGACCAAAACUUGGCAGGAUGCUCAAAAAAUUUGCGUCAAUGCUUUCCACGGGACACUGGCUUCCAUAAAUGACAGAUUCACAGAAGCCUUCCUGUCUGCUUACAUGUCCUAUCAGACGGACUAUUUCUGGAUCGGAUUGUCUGACACCCAGACCCAGGGAACUUACAAGUGGGUCAACGGAGUACCUGUUACAUACUCCAACUGGGUUGCUACCCAUACUGGGAAUGAAAUUGCAUCUUGUGUGGCGUUAACAAGCCGUCAUCCAAAAGGACUUUGGGAGAACUUGAAUUGCACAGACCAGCACCACUUUAUCUGCCAGCUCCCAAGACAGGGCUUCACCACCCCCGCCAUCACAACACCCCCAGCCAGUCUACCCUGCCCCGGGGGUUACAGCGGCUACCAGUCUUACUGUUAUAAGGCAAUAGGACUGACAGACAACACUCAGUGGAUGUCGUUUACCCAGGCCAGGGAUUACUGUCAAGGUUACGGAGGGGACCUAGCCAGCAUCCACAGUGCAGGGGAAAACAGUUUUAUUAAGACUUUAACACGAUCGGCAUCUGUCAACAUCUGGAUUGGACUGAAUGACAGAGAUGUCGAAAGUGGACACAAGUGGACAGACGGAAGUGCCACAGAUUAUACUCAAUGGAACCGAGGAGAGCCUAAUAACUUUGCCGAUACGGAAGAUUGCGUUGAACUGACUCGCGGCAUUGGAGGUUGGAAUGACGUCAACUGUUUCUUCAGUAAGCCGUUCGUGUGUAAAGUCGCUAAAGGGGUGCAACUCUCUACAACAGCAGUACUACCUACGGCCUCAUCAUCUGGAUCGUGUGGAACAGGAUGGGUUUUCUAUAAUCAGUUCUGUUAUUACAUUGGUAAUGGCACUACGCUCAUGACCUGGUUUGAUGCUAGAUCCACGUGUAAUCAGAUGGGAGCAGAAUUGGCCAGUAUUCACAGUCAAGAUGAAGACAACAUGCUUGUUGGACAGUAUACAAAGACCAAACGAACGGUGGACUACUGGAUUGGACUAAAUGAUAUCGAGUAUAACAGUAAAUAUGUGUGGACAGACGGUAGUUUAUUGGACUUUGUCAGCUGGAGUCCUCAUGAACCAAAUGACUAUGGCGGCGGGGAAAACUGUGUCACUAUGCCCUUCUGGACAGGCGGAAAAUGGAACGACGACAAUUGCAACAUGAAGAAAAACUAUAUUUGUAAGAGACCAGUGACUGGAAGUACCAAACCAAUCAAUCCAGGAACCACUGCCAUCAUCGCCGCUGGCUGUCCAAAUCCUAAUUUCAAACCCGUCCCACAUUCCAAUAGAUGUUUCUUCAUUGUCCAAAACAAAGUGAACUGGACGGAUGCUGUGUCUGCAUGUAGGACUGCUUAUCCAGGAGCGACCUUAGCAACCAUCAGCAGUCUGCAGGAACAACUAUUUUUGAAUUCGAUGCUAUAUGACAAAGAUCCCAGAUUGACUCUCUGGAUUGGUCUAAAUGACUUACGUCAGUCACGUAGGUUUACAUGGGCAGACAACUCUCCUCUGACGUUCGUCAACUGGUACAAAGGAGAACCCAACAACGCACCUGACGGAUCCAACGUCAAAUGGAACUCGGAGCGUUGUGUUGAAAUGUACGCCUCCAACAGCGCCGCUGGUCAAUGGAAUGAUAAACAAUGUGGCGCAAUGCGAAAUUUUGUUUGUCAGCAACAUCGACAGACCGGCGUUGCUGUUGCUUCUGUCCAGGGAGCUUGUCCCUCGGGAUUCGCUGCUUUCGGGGCCAGCUGUUAUCGAUAUUUCCCGCCAAACGGUGCUGCUGGCUCCUGGACGCAGGCGCAACAAGUGUGUCAGCAGAACAAUGCGCAGCUAGUGGUGAUAAGCAACGUGUAUGAGGACGGGUUUGUUCAGUCUUUGGCGGGAGAUCUCGCUCCUAAUGGAUAUUGGAUUGGAAUGGCGGACCAGACUUCUUCGGGUACCUAUACGUGGGUACAAUCUGGCUGGCCAGUCACCUACACCAAUUGGGGGGCUGGGGAACCAACUAAGAGUACCGGCGAGGGAUGCGUAGCCAUCAUGAAUCACAAAUGGAAUGAUACACAGUGUAAUCAACAGCUAGGAUUUGUCUGCCAUAUCAACAACAACACGCCCCUUCCUACACCCCCACAGUCAUCAGUGAGCUGUGAUGGCAAUGCUCCUAUUGCUGUUGGAGAUAGUUGUUACUAUAUAUCGGGCUUCAAAACAAAAACCUGGCCCGAGGCGAGCUAUCUGUGUGAGAGAAUGGGCAUGGAACUGGCCAGUUUUCACUCCAUUGCUGAAAUGAAUAUCAUUCUACAGAGGUUCCAGAAUUACCAGGCACAGCCAGGUGAAACAGCUCCAAGAUAUGCCGAGAAUAUAUGGUUAGGAAUGACCAAAGGAUUUUCAGACGGGUUUCAGUGGAAGGACGGAUCCGCUGUCAAUUUCCUGAACUGGGACAAAGGAGAGCCUUCUGACGCAAUGAGUUCCUCCCAGGAGGAAUGUGUAGAGAUGUACACAAACAGCGGAAAAUGGAAUGACGUCACAUGCUUCACCAAACGAAGAUAUGUCUGCAAGAAAGCAGCUCAGAUGAGCACUGUGGGGUUCAAACUGACAAGUGGAAAUCUCCCACCUCUGAAUCCGAAUCCUGGAACAACAGGAUACAACCCAUGGGCACCUGUGUCAUCCACAAAUUUCCCAACCAACCGCAUCACCCCCAGUCGGCAGACCCUUCAACCUAUUACUCAGCCACAGGGAAUGGGAAAUCCCAACGCAGCCCCUCAACAACAGAGUUCAUCGUCAAUAAGUGGCAGUUUGUCUGCAGGGGGUCUAGCUGGUCUGCUGGUCGCCAUAAUCUUCAUUUUGGGACUUUUUGCCUUUGGAAUCAUAUUCCUGAAAAGAAGACAGUAUCCUGCAGGCAGUGGCGUCCAGGGGGCCGGGGGAUUCGAGAACGCCAUGUAUUACUCGUCAGAGGGCGCUGUGAAUAUGAAAAAUAACAGCAAGGAGGAGGACGCAUGAUUGACAUUAUAUGUGAUAAUAAGUACAGCCUUAUGUACAAUAAAGCAACCAUUUUGUGACAUUCACAAGAGACCAUGCGUUGUCACAGACUACUUGCAAUCCAUUUUCAAGUUUAUUUUAACUUUGUUCAUACGACUUAAUGCAGGCAUUUCCAUCAUUCUGUAUUGGCGUUAGGACAUCGUUCACAUCCUAAGCCGAUAUCUGUUCACCAUUUUUGAGGUUGGAAAGUUCAUUUUGCAAAAUAUUUCGUAAUACUGCAGUAACAAUGUUAUCUUUUUUGUAUAUACAUGUAUAUUUUUCAAUAAGCAUGAUUGCAAUUCCAAUUACAUUUAUAUUGCAAAAAAUGAUGCUUUUAAUAAGGCUAAUAUUGCAUUUUACACGUUGAGUCUUUUUACGCUAUAUAUGCAUACAGAGAAAGAUUUCACGUAGCUAUCCCCUGCGAACGUAUGCUUAUAUGAAUGUUUUAUUCAGAAUUCAGAUACUGCUUAAAUAUCCCUACGUGUAAUAUUCUUUGUACUGAAACUGUAUAUCCGAGUUUUCAGUACACAAAUAUUUUGGAAGCAUCCUGUACUUGUUUGCAUUUCAAAAACAUAUCAUAUCCAUGAUUGAUUUGAACAUAUUUUAUUGUAUAAUUCAUACAAAGGGAUUGGUAACAAGUUCUUACAAACUUAGAAAAACCUUUCCCUGUAAUAUAUACAAUAAUUAUAAUUAGUGAUUGCCAAAAGAAUUUUUAACAAUUGAAGAUGUAGAGUUAUACAUGUAUAUAUUUAUAUCCAUGAUACAUGAAUGAAUAAAAUUU